AUGAGCGAACAGAUCUCCGGGUCGAUAUAUCUCUGUGUGAAGCAGUUUAACUCCAGGUUGGGGGACGAAUUAAACCUCAAAAUCGGUGACAAGGUGGAGGUCCUCGCAGAUGAUAGCGAGUACAACGAUGGAUGGUACAUGGGGCGGAACCUCUUGACUAAUGACGUUGGGUUAUACCCCAAGACGUUCACGCAGUUGCUUCAUACGCCCAAAAAUCCGGAUACGUUGCUCAGGCUGAGGUCCAGAAGGGUUGCAACACCGCCAAACUCCAACAGCCAGACGAAUGUCAGCAAGCUUGUUGACGAGAUGAAUGGGCUCACCGUAGACAAGGGCUCUGGCACCAGUGGUUUCAGUAACAACAACAGCAGUAGUAACGGCGCCAUCAGAAAAUCAUCUGGUGGCAUGACCGAUAUCGAUAAGGCGCUCCAAGAGUUGCAGAAUAGCCCCAAACAGCCUGGCAAAGGCAUAAUACCGGUAAUCCCCCCCAAGAAUGGCUCUUUUUCCAACGGAGCUUCCAACAAGAGCUCCAAUAAGGGCUCGAACAAGGGUUCUAACGCCGGCACUCCUAAUGGAACUGUAGAGAAUCUUCCUAGCCAGAAUAGCUCAGCAAACGGGAAUCGUCUUUCGACGCAAUCUUUAACUGAUUUGGACCCACUAGAUGCCUUGAACUGGACACCGCAACAAGUAUCCACGUACUUUGCCAUGAUAUUGGGCUUCGAUUUGAACAUCGCAGGGAAGUUUGCCAGACACAAGAUCACCGGAACCAUCUUAUUUGAGUUGGAUUUGGCACACUUAAAGGAACUAGACAUAGAUUCUUUUGGAACGAGGUUUGAGAUCUACAAAGAGAUUGAAAAGUUGAAGAAGGGCAUAUCGGGAGGUGCCGAAGUAAGGACACCGGGCCAAACUCCAGGAAGACCAGGAGCUGCUGCUUCUGGUGCAGAUUCGGUCUUGGAUGAUGAAGCAUCUCCAUCCACGUCAAAGUUCCUUCUGCCCCAGAAAUCGUUCCCGUACGGUGCAAAGUCUGCUGGCGCUCCAGAAGAUACAUCCAACUACUCCGAUUCGUUCAAUACGACGUCGAAUUCUCUCACUCAGUCGAACCUGAACAAUACCACUUUCAUAUCACAACAGAACAAGUCCACAUCCCAGUUGAUGCCUUCUGCUCCAUUAACGUCUUCCGAUAACAUGUUGAGAACAAGCUCUCGCGCUGGCGAAGUUUACAUGAAACACCAAAGGAAGAGAUCUCAAUCAAUGGAUAAUGUAUCCAGUAGACCAUCCCCACCACCACAAAGUGAUAGCUAUAAUGAGGACGAGGAGAUUUCGACCCCAGAUAAAAGGAAAAGUAUGGCAUUCUUGUCUCCCAGGAAAGCUCCCGUUCCUCCUAACGCUCCAAGUCCGUUAAACAAGACAUAUAAAUUUGGAGGAGCUACGAGUAACAACAAUAAUGCAGAUUCGGAAACUUCUGGUCACAUGUACAUGACUAGAACGAAUGCAUCAAAUGCUGGAUUAGGGAUCUCGAAUUUCAAUGGAUUAAGUCGUCCAGCUUCUUCUAUUUACGAUAAUUCUAUUAUCAGCCAUGGCAGAAAGGAAUCACAGAAUUCGAAUGGUCUUGGCCACCAUCGUAGAAACUCAUCACAAGUUUCUGGAGGUGGUAAUACCCAUCAUAGAAGGCACUCUUCUUUAUUCCUGUUCCUCUCUACGAAUGAAGAUUUAUCAUUAAACGGGGAAAAGACUCCCAAGCAAGGUGGUCAAAGUAAUGGCGGUGGAUCUACUCCACAAAAUAAUAGAAACUCAUCCUUUUUCGGAAGUGCACCCCGUGAUAUAGAAUCCGGUGAUUACUUCAAAUCCAAAAACAUAACUAGCAAUGCAUUAAUAUCACCAGCCAACAUCAAUCCUGAAACACCAGCUGGUCGCUCAACCAAGAACUCAGAUCUUUCCCCAGUAGAAGCAAUUGAUAUAGACAAGGCUACUUUAUCUCCUAAGAAACUGAAAUCAGUUUCAUACCGUGGCCUUGGACAAAAGAAUUCGGAUAAAAAGUUAGCUGCUCCAGGCUCUGCUCCUGCUCCUCCUUUGGCAGCUCUUGACGAUGAAAAGCGUUCGGCUUCCGAUUCUACAGCUAUAUCAAGAUUGAAAACACUUCGUACUACAUCCACUCAGAAUUUCAAAAAUAUAACUUCGCUGAAAAAGCUGAAGACUUCAGCUUUCCAGGAAGGUAUAAGACAUAUUACGCCAGAUGAUGCCAUCAAGCAGGCUACAUAUAGUGGAUGGAUGUCAAAAAAAUCUGGUAGCAACAUUGGAUGGAGAUCGAGAUAUUUUACCCUUCAUGGAACUAGAUUGCUGUAUUUUACCUCUUUGAAAGACAAGAAGGAAAGAGGUUUGAUUGAUAUAACCGCUCACAAAGUUAUUCCUAUUAAUACUGAUGAUGCAACUAAUUCUAAUGAUAAAUAUGUUGCAAUGUAUGCAUCAUCUACUGGAUUUGGUAGAUACUGCUUCAAGAUAGUACCACCUGCUCCAGGAUUCAAAAAAGGAUUGACAUUUACCCAACCAAAGACCCAUUAUUUUGCAGUAGAAAGUCAAGAAGAUAUGAGAGGUUGGCUUAAAGCUUUGAUGACUGCAACCAUUGAUAUUGAUGAUACUGUUCCAGUUGUGAGUAGUUGUUCUACCCCCACUGUUACCUUAGGUAGGGCCCAAGAACUACUUGCAAAGGCAAGAGAGGAAACAAAAUUGAAAGAUGAAGAGUUAAGAGCACAAGGUUAUUUUAGAGAAGGUGGCUAUGAUUAUACCCAAGAACAACAACACCUAUCCCUGACGCAAGAUCCUAAACAGCAAUAUUUAGUUGAUAGUGAUUUCACCUCAGAGGAAAACUCUCCUGUUAUUAACACAGACCAAAUAGGAAGACUCCCAUCUUUAAAUCGUAGAGGAACUGGCGGUGCAGGCUCCUCAAUAGGUGGUGGUCAGCCCUCGCUAAGUCUUGACACCAAUCCAUCUAGACAACCAUCAUCUAGCUCCAUGUCCAAGACUCCAACUACACCACAAUUUUCCAAUCAAGGAGGAUUUGCCUCUCCAUACUUGUUAGCUUCAGGUUUACUUUCACCUAAAUCAGGCAAUGGGUCUAUGCUUAGAGACUCCAGAGACCUUUCUGGGCCAAGUAUUAGAGAUAGUACUGGAACUAGAGAAAGUGGUGAAAGAGAGAGAGAAAGAGUCUCUCAAUUGAUACAAUCUGCAAACACAUCAAGCAGCAACAUUACCCAAUCGCCAGCUUCCUCCCAAGGUAACAAAACCCAAGAUUUCUUACCUACUGGAGAAACCACACCAAAGCUGAUAUUCCUGAAUAGCAACGGUAGAAUUGUCAGUGGAAGCAAAAAGAAGGCAAUCAACGGAGAGAAGAUGAUGAUGGCUUAUAGUAAUGAUGGUUCAGGCAAUCAUUCAUUCUCGAUAAAACCUAAGAAGCAGAAUUAA